AUGGACAAUUGGUCAUGUUUCGUAUAUUUCCAGAUGACUUAGACUUAAAAAACUCAAGUUCAUUUAAAUGAUGCUUCAGCUGCAGGAAGAAUUAUAAUAAUAUCAGUCCUCUAAGUUAUUCCUUAAACCUCUAAUCUUUCAGGAACACCAUUUGAGCUACUUUCGCUCAUAGUUAUUUUACUUCUUACUACUAUAAUAGAGUAUCAUGAUGAUUUUAAGAGAAAAAACUCUGAUAGACGAGAGAAUAAAAGAGAAGUGUAAGUUUAUGAUGCAAAAAAGGAAAUUUUUGUCAAAACUUAGUGGUAACAUCUCAAAGUAGGAUAAGUAGUUUUGAUGGAAUAAAAUGACCUAGUGCCGGCUGAUAUGAUUCUAAUUAAAAGCUCUUGUCCCUCAGGUUUAUGCUAUUUAGAAUCUCAAAAUUUAUAAGGUGAGAAUGAUCUACUUAAAAAAGUUUGCGAUAGAUUGCUGUACUAGAUUAUUAACCCAGAGGAUCCAAAAACAGUUAAGAAUUUAAAAGGGUCAAUUAUAAGUGAUUCAACUAAUGCAUCUUAAUAUAACUUCACAGCAAAUAUGUAUCUCCAUCAAAGCAGUAAUCGGUAAAAUGUAAUCAAGAGAGUCCAAAUUGAUGAGAAAUAACUAAUUCUUAGAGGAUGUAAAGUUAAGAAUACCAAAUGGGUUAUGGGAUUAAUUAUUGCAGCAGGACAUGAUACUAAUCUAAUGAGAAAUACUAUCAAGCUAAUAAAUAAAAAAUCCUUCAUAAAUAGAGACCUAAACCUAUAAGUCAUCAUUAUUUUACUAUUCUCAAUCAUACUUUCAGUAUCAUCUGCUAUUUAUUAUGUUACUACGAAUAUAAGAGAUGAUUGUGAUGAUGAUUCUUAAGAUGAUCAAGAAGAUGUAAACUGUGAAGGUUGGACAAAGUUAUUUUUCAUGGAAUUUCUCAUAUGGUUUAUCUAAUACAAGUAAGAUAUUUUCAAGUUUUAUCUAUAUAGCAAUCUCAUUCCAAUUUCACUUUUAUUCACCUUAGAGUUUGUGAGGAUAGCUUAAACUUAUUUCAUUUAACAUGAUUGUUUGAUGUUUGAUAAUGAUCAAAUGCUGUUCCCAUCUGUUCAAUCUUCUUAAUUGUUGGAAGAAUUAGGCUAAGUUUAAGUUAUUUUUUCAGAUAAGACUGGAACAAUGACUGCGAAUAUAAUGAGAUUUAGAAAAAUUGCUUGUGGGUAAAAGUAGUAUGCUCCAAUAUUUGGUAAUAAUAGAAAGUUUAUCAUUAUAGAAUAUAGAUCAAUUUAAAGAUUCUACUGUAUCACUUGA